AUGUCCCAGGGGUGGGACCUAGAACAGAGUCCAAAAAGGGAGGGACAACAACGGGGUCGCCGGACAGAGGUCGCCGGCGGGGCUGCUAUGGGUUUCGGAACUGAGAAAUUUGGCUCAAGAAGGGAUGGUAAAGUAGGGUCAUGUCCUCGAGGGGUGCCAGGGGUGAGAAGGGGGGUAAGGAGGGGGUCAGUGGAUGGGACGAGAAACAAGGAGGGUAAGGGGAAAGAGGGAGCUUAUAGAUUGAGGAUCGGGUCGUGGAACAUAGGCACGCUGACGGGUAAGUCUAUUGAGCUGGCAAAGAUUCUCCAGAAGAUGAAGGUUAAUAUAGCUUGUGUCCAGGAGACUAGGUGGGCAGGGUCGAAGGCGAGGAAUGCGGACGGGUAUAAGUUAUGGUACUCUGGAGUCGUGAGGGGUAAGAAUGGAGUAGGUAUCUUGGUGGAUAGGGAUCUUAGAGAGUCUGUGGUUGAGGUUAGGAGAGUGAAUGAUAGGCUAAUGUUUAUUAAGUUGGUGAUUGGUGAGUGCACCCUCAAUGUUGUUAGCGCUUACGCGCCGCAAGCGGGCUUGGAUGAGGAGGUUAAGAGGCGCUUUUGGGAGGGUUUGGAUGAGAUUGUGCGCAGUAUUCCACCUACUGAAAGGUUAUUUAUUAGAGGGGAUUUUAAUGGCCAUAUUGGGUCAGCUGCUGGUAGUUAUGGCGAGGUGCAUGGUGGCUUUGGAUUUGGGGAUAGGAACGGAGGAGGUACUUCGCUGCUAGACUUCGCCAAGGCUUUCGAGCUGGUGAUUGUGAACUCGACUUUUUCGAAGAGGGAGGAGCAUCUGGUUACUUUCCAAAGUUCGGCGGUGAAGACUCAGAUUGAUUUCCUUCUCCUCAGAAGGUGUGAUAGAGGAUUGUGCAAGGAUUGCAAGGUUAUUCCGGGAGAGACCCUCGCGACUCAGCAUAGGCUCUUAGUGAUGGACGUCGGUAUUAUGAUGAAGAGGAAAAAGAGGUAUGCUCGUGGCCGACCGAGGAUUAGAUGGGGAGCUUUAAUCAAGGAUAAAUCCUAG